AGCACUUGUGUUAUAUUUAAGCCAUCAUCCCGGGUCUAUGUCUGGAGACGGCGCGCAGCAAUGCCCGGGGAGCAGUGAGGCGGAGAUGGCUGCCGCGCCGCUAGAGCGCGCAUUACGGUAGAACGGAGGAGCAGCGCCUGGAGCCCGAGCAUCCCAUCAUACAGCAGCAGCGCCCGGAGCCAUGGCAAAGGAGCGGCCGGAGAGAACCGAAGAGACCGAGCAAAUGAUAGAAAAGGACGCGGUCGAGGGAGUAGGAGUCGGGGACGGCAAGGACAUGAGAGCCGUGCUCCUCUCCGGGUUUGGAGGGCUGAACAAGCUUCGGGUGGCCCGGAAGGUGAUGCCAGAGCCCCAGGAGGGAGAGCUGAAGAUCAGGGUGAAAGCCUGUGGUCUAAACUUCAUUGAUUUGAUGGUCCGCCAAGGGAACAUAGACAAUCCUCCGAAAACGCCACUGGUCCCUGGAUUUGAGCUGUCUGGAAUUGUUGAGGCGCUUGGAGGAAAUGUUACCGGUUUUGAGAUAGGAGACAGAGUUAUGGCCUUUGUCAACUACAAUGCAUGGGCGGAGGUUGCCUGCACUCCUGCAGAAUUUGUCUAUAAGAUCCCAGAUGAUAUGAGUUUCUCAGAAGCAGCUGCUUUUCCAAUGAACUUUGUUACAGCCUAUAUGAUGCUUUUUGAAGUGGCCAAUCUGAGAGAAGGGAUGUCAGUUCUUGUUCACUCUGCGGGUGGAGGAGUGGGGCAAGCGGUGGCACAGCUCUGCUCAACGGUUCCCAAUGUUACAGUGUUUGGAACUGCCUCUGCCUUCAAACACGAGGCAAUCAAGAACUCCCUUAGUCAUCUCUUCGACCGAAAUGCAGAUUAUGUGCAAGAAGUGAAAAGGAUCUCCCCAGAAGGAGUAGACAUCGUCCUAGACAGCUUAUGUGGGGAAAACACUGGAAAAGGCAUUGGCCUCCUGAAACCACUGGGAACAUAUAUUCUAUAUGGCUCAUCCAAUAUGGUGACUGGUGAAACUAAAAGCUUUUUCAGCUUUGCUAAAUCGUGGUGGCAGGUGGAAAAAGUGAAUCCCAUCAAGUUAUAUGAAGAAAACAAAGUUAUGUCGGGCUUCUCACUCCUAAACCUGCUCUUCAAGCAGGGUCGGGCUGCCGUCAUAAAAAGGGUGGUAGAUGCACUAUUCUCCUUGUACAAUCAGAAGAAAAUCAAACCAUUGGUCGAUUCAUUAUGGGCCUUGGAAGAGGUGAAAGAGGCAAUGCAGAGAAUCCAUGACAGGGGUAACAUUGGAAAAUUAAUUCUAGACGUGGAAAAGGCCCCAACUCCUCUGAUGGCCAACGACAGUACAGAAACCAGUGAGGCAGGAGAGGAAGAGGAGGACCACGAAGGGGACACCGAAAACAAGGAACGAAUGCCUUUCAUCCAGUGAUAGCCCCCGCACCUGAUACAAGCUUUGAUGACUGAUAAACUCAAUUCUGUGCAUCAGUGAACAAACCUGCUGUAGUGCAGUGUGUGUUGUAUUUGUCUGCAGUGAGCUGAGCUACUGUAUAAACUGUUGAACAAUGUUGUGUAUAAUGUGGCAGUAAGUGCCUACUUGGCAGCCUUUAGUGAGAUUAGCCUGUGACAGUUUAUCAAGCCACACAGGAAAUUAUUAUUAUCUACUACAUGGACCCGUAGCCUCUUUGCUACCAGAGGGCUUAGAACAGUGAUCAGUAUGGGACCAUUCAUGUUGCUGUAUUUAUUACAGAAUAUUAAACAGAUACAAUGCUGGCUUAUCCAGCAGCUGAGGGGAGAAAGGCUGCCUCAGUUGCCUCUGCCAGGACUAUUAACUAAAUGCUGCCAGUGAGCAGGACUGCCACCUCAACUGAAGUGCCAACCCUUUUUCAGUAUUAGUAUGUUUUGUAUUUGUGCCAUAUGGUCAUCCUCUUCACCAUUUUACCACAGAGAGCUAACCCUAGAAAAGCCUGGGACACAAGGAAUUGCCAAGUAGGUUUUUUCUCAUUAAAGGAGCCUUAUGCCAUUCUCUCAAUUUAGAGGACUAGACUGUCACACCGUCAUUCAUCCCAUGUCACACUGUCAUUCCAUUCUCUGUUUCUCCUUUAUUCCAUCCCUUAUCACAUUUUUAGUCCAUCCCUUGUCACAUUUCAUUCAUCCCUGGUCCCACCUUCAUUCCAUCCCUUGUCACACGGUUAUUCUGUCCCGCAUCACGUUGUCAUUCAUCCCGCAUCACGCCGUCAUUCCACCCCGUGUCACGCCGUCAUUCCACCCCGUGUCAUGCCAUCAUUCCAUCUGUGUCACAACCUACACUCCAUCCCUUGUCACACCUUCAUUCCAUUCCUUGUCACACCUUCAUUCCAUCCCUUGUCACGCCUUCAUUCCAUCCCUUGUUACACCUUCAUUCCAUCCCUUGUCACACCUUCAUUCCAUCCCUGGUCACAACCUUCAUUUCAUCCCUUGUCAUGCCUUCAUUCUAUACCUUGUAACACCUUCAUUCAUCCCUUCAUUCCAUCGCUUGUCACACCUUCAUUCCGUUCCUUGUCACACUUUCAUUCCAUCCCUUAUCACAUUUUCAUUCCAUCCCUUGUCACACCUUCAUUCCAUCCCUUGUCACACCUUCAUUCCAUCCCUUGUUACACCUUUAUUGAUCCCUUCAUUCCAUCCCUUGUCACACCUUCAUUCCAUCCCUUGUCACAUCUUCAUUCCAUCCCUUGUCACAUCUUUAUUCCAUCCCUUGUCACACCUUCAUUCCAUCCCUUGUCACAUCUUCAUUCCAUCCCUUGUCACACCUUCAUUCCAUCCCUUGUCGCACCUUCAUUCCAUCCCUUGUCACACUUUCAUUCCAUCCCUUGAAGUAACAAGUCCUGGAGUAUGUGUCAUUGACUUCAGUGUUCAGACUCAAGUUAUUUCCACAAAGAUACAUUCAGCCAUUCUUUAUACUGAUGUGUAUAGUCGGGUGAGAAGAUACCUCAUUUGGAAAAAAUAUAUAUCAGCUUUAUUAUAAUUAUUACUUGUGGUGUCACAACUUUUUCUAGUAGCUUUUAAUUGUUAAAUUAUGAAACCCAAUAGGUUUACCUCAUCAUUUGUGUAAGAUGAACUGUUGUUUAAAAAUAAGAUUUACAAACCAGGCAUUUGUCUAUCAGUACAAGUCCCAUAAAUGUUACGUUUAAGCUAUCUUAGCUAUUGUUAUACUAGCACUAUAGAAAAUUGUUGUGAUACAUUUAUAAUCAAAUCACAGUAUGGUCUGCCAGGGUGGACAUUAGGCAUACUUGAGAACUUGUGUUUAAGUUGAAAAUGAUUCUCCCUCGUUUGUCCAGAUUUUAGACAGACAGUCCUGAUUAGAGAGUUUUGCCCACAAGUUGCCAUUUCUGGAUUGGUUGGGGCGGGUUUGGGCAAAUUGGGCAGAGUUUAGCAAAUCAGGGCCUAUUCCAGUGGAUACGUACAGUUGAUACUUACAUUUUGCGGAUAUCACGCAGAACCUGUUUUAUAAAUAUGCCCCUGUAUAUGAUAAAGGCUAGUAUUCAAAGAGUUGUGAUGUCUAAGAGAACGUUUGUAAAUGUUUGUAAAAGUCAUGGAUGCCUAAAGCUACUCUAUGGCCAAAUUCUGUAUUAUACUUGUAGCUCCACGGAAACAAAACUAGGACCUUAUUCAGAGUUAGAAGUAAGAGCAAAAACUGAGCAUUUUGCACCUUGGUAAACCCAUGUUAAACUGCAGGCAGGGUGGAUGUAAAAUGUGCAGAGAGAUUUAUCGUUGGGAAAGGACUUGUUCUCUUAAUUCUAAAUUUCAGUGUAAAAACAAAGUUGCCCAGGAGGUGUUUUCUUGCAUUGCAACAUGGUUUGUUUCAUGAGCAAAUAGCCCCUUUUUUUGCUCUUACUCCUAACUCCAUAAUGUGUAAUUGUACUUGUACCAUACCCUCUGUAGGCAGCCAUUUUAAAGCUGAAUUAAGACUGUAACCUAUCAAUUUUCCAUAUCUGAAAACUGUUCUAUAUCAAAUUAUACAGGAAAGGUGGUGUUGCUGACAUUGUUCUAGCACAUUUUAUAAAAUGAAAGUAAGCACCUGAUUGGUUGCAGCAUUGCCUUUUCUGAACAGUUACAUGUACAAUAGUUCCCCUUUGCUUCUGCCAUAUAUUGGUGCUGAAACAGAUUCCUAGUGAACUAAUAGUAUUCUUUGCCAUGAAAUAGUUCUCCCCACAAAAUGGCUGCCUCUGCUAUGUUAUGUGUAGGGUAAAGAGGCACUGAGCCUAACCCUAAACCAAAUUUAUUAUUAAUAGUUUAAUUGAGCUUAGAAAAUACCAAAAAUUUUACCACACGACAAGUGCACUAUUUCCAAGAUGGCUGCCAAUAAAAAUAAAAUAAGGAACUGAAUAGCUACUCCUUUUUUUUUUUUUUUUUACAAUUGGACAAUGUGUGGUCUUUCCAGUUGCUGUAUUAUAUCAUAUUUGUAGGUCUACAAAUCCAGCCCAUAGGUGUAACCUGAGACAGACAGAUAGAUUAGUUACCGGCUUCAACAUAUACAGUACUUUGGGCUAAAUGUAUGAAGCAGUGAUAAGAGUGGAGAAGUGAGCCAGUGGAGAAGCUGCCCAUGGCAACCAAUCAACUGCUCUGUAUAAUUUUAUAGUAUGCAAAUUAUAAAUGUUACUUUAAUACUGAUUGGUUGCCAUGAGCAACUUCUUCACUGGCUCAUUUUCUCUUAUCAUUGCUUCAUACAUUUACUCCUAUGAGUGACCAUUGCACUCCUUACCUGCCCUAGAGCCAGUUAGCCAUGUUACAGAUUAUUGGGCGAGUACACCCAUGUUUCCUUAUAUAUUUAAGCCAUGCAGUAUUAAUCUACAUUCAGUGUAGUACUUGGAGGCCCCUUUGCCUCUGAGCCCGGGUGGAAAUGUGAGCUCAGGCUCAUCACCAGAUCCACCACAACUAACAAACAUAUCAGAUACAGUUUGUGCAAGGAUGGUGCACCCCUGCUUGAUGAAUUCCUGGGAGCUGUCUUCAGUAUGCUGACUUUUGUACCCUAAUCAUUCCUUUUCCUCCAUUUCUCCUUGCCAAGGGAGGAUGUCUACCUUUGUCAGUUUACUGCCAGAUUAAUGCCUCCCCAUCCUUUAUCUAUCUUCAUUCCUUGUCAUCCUUCCCUACAACAUGGAUCCUUCUCAUGCCUACCACCCCUUGUCUAGAUUAUUAUAAUUUAUACAGUACCUAUAGCAUAGUUGUAUGGAAUACAGUUUAUCUCUAUUCCUCUGGCAGGGACACAUAUAGAAAUGAUAGCAUCAGCCACAGGUGGGGAACAGAUUUCCCAGGAAACCCAAAAUAUAUAUAUGCAUGUCCAGGUGUCUAACUAACAGAGCCAGAUUGUGCUAACAGCAAGAUUUCAUUAUCCGAGCAACCAUUAACAAGUUGCUAACCUACCUUGUCCUGCAAAAUCUAUCUAUCUAUCUAUCUAUCUAUCUAUCUAUCUAUCUAUCUAUCUAUCUAUCUAUCUAUCUAUCUAUCUAUCUAUCUAUCUAUCUAUAUCAACCUAUCUAUCUAUCUAUCUAUCUAUCUAUCUAUCUAUCUAUCUAUCUAUCUAUCUAUCUAUCUAUCUAUCUAUAUCAACCUAUCUAUCUAUCUAUCUAUCUAUCUAUCUAUCUAUCUAUCUAUCUAUCUAUCUAUCUAUCUAUCUAUCUAUCUAUCUAUCUAUCUAUCUAUCUAUCUCAUUCUAAACCAGAGGGAAUAAUCGACAUCCCACUUGGUGACAAAUAGUAUUACUGAUAGUUUCGGGGGCCAUUUUAGGCUAGCCAGAUAUUCACAGAUACAUAGUGUUUAAAAGGUUUUUCCCGUGUUAUUUUCAUCUCUGGAUUCACACGUCAUUCCUCAGUUUGCCUUAAUUAUUAUACAGUUUGUAACUGAAGCCAAUGUGAAAUGGAGCGAAACGUUGUUUAAUUGUGUUUGUUGCUAUAGAGCUUUCGUUACCGUGUGCCUACAAAACUGUUUACAUGAAAAAGUAACAUAUAUAAAUAAAUAAAAAAUCAGCAGAGCAA